CUUCGAACUUCUAACUUUGUACACCAAUGCCUGGGCGCAUAUCUUCUGUCGAGGAGACCCUCUCCGCCAGUAUCCCCAAGAUUUUUGACCAAGCUCAGAACUCGACUGCAAAUCACCAGAAGAAUAUUGUUGCGCUCCACAAGCUCCACCUAGAUGCUGCUAGUUUCACCGAAUCCAUACACAAUGGCAGAAGCAUCAAGCUCACCGGUGAGCGUGUGUUCGAGGAGAAGUUCAAAGAUAUGCUAUGCAGAGCAGCUGCUGUGAAGAAAGGAACGUCGCAGGGCGACCGGAUAGUCAAGUUCGUUGGAGCGUAUACAAAGUACAUCAAUGAGAAAGCCUCUGAGAUCAAGAAGGAGGAUGUCGAUGAGGACGAUGACGAUGACGAGACCACGGCCUCUCGGUUUGUUGAGAAAGUGCUUGCCUUCCUCCUAAUCGGCUUUGAAGCUAAGGACAAAAUUGCACGCUACCGCAGUGUCCACUUUUUAGCGGAGAUGGUCGCGCACUUGGGUGAAAUUAGUGAACAGCUGUAUACGUUGCUCCGCACGGCUCUAUUCGAGCGCGUUCAUGACAAAGAAACAUUUGUUCGAGUUCAGGCUGUUAUCGCACUGUCGAAGCUAUGUGGCUCAGAAGAUCCAUCCGAUGUGGAAGAAGGAGAACCCACUGCUCUUGAGGUCUUGCUCGAGAUUCUUAGUUGUGAUCCUGCCGCAGACGUCCGUAGAGCCGCGUUGCUCAACAUUCCUCUGUCCAAAGUCACCCUAGAUGCUGUCCUUGCUCGAACUCGCGACACUGACACAAUCAUGCGCAAGCUUGUUUAUUCGGUUAUCCUAACCCAACACUGCUUCGUUUCUGAUAGCUCGGUCAUGGGCCUUGUUCAUCCGCGUGUGCUUACCAUUGCCCAAAGAGAGUUCAUCAUCCGCAAUGGUUUAGGUGAUCGGGAGCCUGCUGUUCGCCAGGCUGCAGCUUUAUUACUCGGCAAGUGGGUGGACGUUGCGCGUGGGGACGUUAAGAAUGAAGAAAGCAAGAGCUUCAAAGAUGACGUUCUCGCACUUUUGGGCCUCUUUGAUCUCACGGAGAGCACGGUUGCAGAGGAUGCACUACUGAGCAUUUUGGACAAACGCCGUGAUAUGUCUGACCCCCUCGAGUUCAAGGAUGCCUACUGGGACAACCUGACCCCAGAGCGAGCUUUUCUCGCUCGCGUUUUCGUUGAGCAUUGUAUUGCCGUUAAAGAGGCGGAAAAACUCGACGCUUCUCUUCCAGUCGUCACUGCCCUUGCCUACCACAUCCAAGCUGCCUACAAUGCAUACCAGGAAGACUUGGAGGUCGCCGAGCAGGAAAGAGUCAUUCGCGGUGAACCAACUGAGGAAGAAGAAGAGGCUCGCAUUGACAAGGAAUUUGUCAUAGGCGAGAUGCUCAAGGUUGCCGUGAAUUUGGACUACGCUGAUGAGAUUGGGCGCCGAAAAAUGUUCCAGCUCGUGAGAGACAUGAUCUCUCAGGAGGCACUACCCGAAUCGCUUGUCUCCAGAUGUUUAGACGUAUUGCGGAUGCUUUCACCAAAUGAGAGGGAUCUAAUCCGGGUAGUCGUGGAAGUAGUCCACGAGCUUAGGGAUGUCAGUGACGAGGAAGAAGCUCUAAAGGAGCCUGCAGACGACGGAGAGACUAAUUUUGGUGAAACGCCCGUGCUAACUCGUGUGGCACCUAAAGGGUCGAAGCCAUCAGAGGAUAUGUCUCCCGAAGAACAAGCCCGUAUGGACGCCAUUGAUCUGCGUUGUCUGUCGCUUUGUAUAGGCAUGCUUGAGCGUGUUAACGGAACAUUCGAGGAAAAUUCGACGCUCGAAGGUAUCCUUGGCGAGCUGAUCAUUCCCGCCGUCAAGCGUAAGGAGUUGGCACUUCGUGAAAAGGGUCUUAUUUGUUUGGGUCUUUGCUGUCUUAUUGCUCGUCGCAUGGCUCUCAACUCUUUCCAGCUUUUUUUGGGUCAAAUCCAAACCGCCCCAGAGGUCCUGAAGAUUCGUGUGCUGCAAAUCGUCUUUGACAUUCUCAUGGUGCAUGAAAAUGACUUCUUAGGCAAAGAGGGUGGAAGUGACCGCAUCGUGGAAUUCUUGUUGAUUGUCUUGAACAACGAGGAAUCGGACAAGGUGCAAGCCCUACUAUGUAUCGGCCUUGCGAAGCUCGUUCUUGCCGGAAUGAUCUGUGAUGACCAGGUACUGAAAAGCCUAGUUGCUGCAUACCUUGCCCCUGACACGAUUGACAAUCAAGAAGUUCGCCAAUGCCUUGCCUAUUUCUUCCCCGUCUUUUGCUACUCCUCCGCAGUCAAUCAGCGGCGAAUGCAACGUCUGUUCAUUGGAUUGUUCGAGACGCUUGCCCCAGCAACCCGAGAUGUCGACGAAAAUCAGGAGAUGGUCAGUUCCGCUCAAAUAGCAGCGAUGUUUGUGGAUUGGACCGAUCCGCAGAAAGCUAUCGAGGUGCAAGAUCAGCCAACCGACGAGACAAUUCAUAUCGAUCUAGCAUGCGAUAUCGCAAGAGCGCUGUUCGACGACAAGAUGAUAAAGGAAGACAAGAAAGUUUUGUAUCAGGUUCUUGGGCGGCUAUACUUACCGGACAAUGUUGAUGACAACAAGAUCCGCACACUCAAAUUACUGCUUCACAAUCUCAACUUCUCUUCAACUGAGGAAGACUACAGGCAACUGGAAUACCUGAGAGAUUUGUUCGAGUUUCUCGAUGACAUCAUUCCCUUGGACGAUGGUGAGGAAAUCGACGUGCCUCGCACUCGUGCUCGGAAGAGGCGCUCAGAAAGCAUUGCCACAGACAUCACUGAUAGUAUCGCGCCAGAUGAAAGUGUCGCUUCUGCUGCUUCAUCAUCACGCACAAAGGGCAAGGGCAGAGGGAAACAAACGAAGCGGAGACGUGUCUCUGGUUCCGACGGCUCGGACGAUGACCUGUCGGACGACCAUGUUACCCCAGCACCUACACGAACAUUGCCAAAGCGGGCAGCAUCGGUCAAAAAACCUCAGGUAGUGCAGGUAAUAGAGGAUAACGAUGAAGAGGAGGAAGAGGAGGAAGCUACACCCCCUCCUACCUCCCGGCACAGGCGAAGGCCCAAGCCUGCAAGCAAAGCGAAGGAUGACACUCAGCCGCCUUCUGCAGGGAAUAGCACCUUCGAUUCCAUCAUAGAUAGCGAGGAAGACGAAGUGGAGGAAGACGAAGUGGCUAAUGAUAUACUGGGUUCGGAUGAGUAGAAUUCCGACCAUCUAUGGGAGUACGGUAUCUAUUGUGAUUUAUCUUUGUGAGUAUGUACUGCGUAUAGUGUACUCCUACCUCCCAGGACAUCAGGGGCCGAAUAGGGGCAUCUUGACUUAGUAACCCGACAGUGAACCAACUCAAGCUGCA